AGAAAGAAAAAAAAUCCAUUUGAACACAAAAGAAACUGACACUUUGCUUUACCUUUACUUCACAAUUUUUCAUUUUCUUCCCCAAACAACCAAACCAAUCUUCUUCCCAUAUACAUUAUCUUCUUCUUGUUGUUUUUCUAUUGGAGUAGUACUUGUUUGGUCUUUACAUCUACUCUCUUUAUUUUUCUUGUCAAUACCAAAAAUCUAAGAAUGACUGACAGAGUCUACCCUUCAGCCAAGCCUAAUGGCACCGCACCCACUGCUACUGCCGCAAAUCCAAACGCUGCCCCCGUUAAGAACCAGAUGUACAACCCAAAUCGUGUCCCUUACCGACCGACACCAACUGCCUACCACCGACACAACCGACGUCGUUGCAGUGGCCGGCGUUGUUUCUGUAUGUGUUGUUUUUGGUCCAUCCUCAUCAUCCUCAUCAUUCUCCUCCUUGCAGCUAUUGCUGGUGCUAUUUUUUACGUCCUUUACCAUCCUCAACGUCCCACAUUCUCAAUUUCCUCACUCAAGAUCUCUAAUUUUAACCUCACUACCUCCGCCGAUGAUACAACCCACCUCACUGCAAAAUUGAACCUCACACUCUCAACCAAAAACCCAAACAAGAAAUUGAUAUACAAUUAUAACAGUAUCUCUAUAACUGCACUCUCAAAUCAAGUUGUUUUAGCAAAAGGGUCGUUUCCGGGAUUCACUAGUACUCCGAAUAACAUUACCAUUAUACACUCGACUCUAUCGAUGGUGUCACAAGUGCUUGAUGUGGAUUCAGUUUCGUCUUUGAAAUCAGAUCUGAAGAGAAAAGCUGGGUUGCCUGUGACAAUCUUGAUGGAUACGAUGGUAGAGGUGAAAAUGGACAAAUUGAAAAGCAAAAGGGUAGGGAUCAGAGUAACAUGUGAAGGAAUUCAUGGACAGACUCCAAAAGGUAAAACUCCACCUGUUGCAUCAACGAACAAUGUUAAGUGUAAGGUUGAUCUGAGAAUCAAGAUCUUGAAAUGGACCUUCUAAUUUGGUUUGAGUUUUUUUCUUCUUUUUUUAUUCGGUUCAAGUAUAAUCAUAGUAAUUUCUUUUGGGGUUCAAAUUGGCUCCUCUGUUUUUUUUUUAAUUUUUUUUUUUUGGAUUUGUUUGUAAACUUAAGAAGAAAUUAGGAAGAAUGCCAAAGUUAAUUGAUAAAGUUGAGGUUUUUUUUCCUAGAAUUGUGAAGAAAGUGUUGGAAUUCUAAGUAUUUUUUUUUCUCUCCUCAUAGUCAGACUUAAAUUCAUUGAAGAUCUCAAUCACAAAUUAUCAUUUUCUUGGUA